GCAAUUGAUGGCCUCCCCUUUUCCCGGGGAGGGGCGACCGAUUUACUAUAGCGGGAGGGCGCAGCCGGCGGAGCUUUACGGCCUCAAGGGGAGCAUCAUCACAGCCCCGGGGGGGCCAGAGCCCCUCCAUCCCCGCUGGCCCCUGGGCUGGGACAAUGCCUCUAGAGGUAUCGUGGCCCUUCCCGCCGGCCCCCGGGCUGCCCUGGGCCCUGGCCAGCCGCCUCAUCAUGGGGCUGGUCGGCACAUAUAGCUGCUUCUGGACGCGGUGCAUGAACCGGCUGCAGGUCCACAACGAGGAGGUUCUGUAUGAGCUGAUUGAGCGGCGUUGCCCAGACACUCCCCUUAUCACCAUCUCCAACCACCAGUCCUGCAUGGAUGACCCCCACCUCUGGGGCGUCUUGAAGCUGAGACAUGUUUGGAACCUGCCGAAGAUGCGGUGGACUCCCACGGCUGCAGACAUCUGCUUCACCCAGGAGCUGCAUUCACGCUUCUUCAGCCUGGGGCGCUGUGUCCCUGUCUGCCGAGGUGAUGGUGUGUACCAGCGGGGUAUGGACUUCAUCUUGGAGAAGCUGAAUCGGGGAGAUUGGGUCCACAUCUUCCCUGAGGGGAAGGUGAACAUGAGUCACGAGUUCAUGCGCUUCAAGUGGGGGAUCGGGCGCCUGUUGGCAGAGUGCCACCUGCAUCCUAUUAUCCUGCCACUGUGGCAUGUAGGGAUGAGUGAUGUGCUGCCCAACGCCCCCCCCUACAUGCCCCGCAUUGGGCAGCGGAUCACUGUUCUUAUCGGGCAGCCAUUCAGUGUCCGGCCCAUCCUGGAGACUCUCCGGACCCAGAACAAGUCAGCGGUGGAGAUGCGCAAGGCACUGACUGACUACAUCCAGGAUGAGAUCCGGAGCCUGAAGAGCCAGGCUGAACAUCUACACCAGGCCCUGCAACCCCCCUGGUAGUGCAGGGGGGGUGGGAGGCACUCCUACAUCAGACCUGCCCAGCUUCCCCCAUGGAGCCAGCUAGGUUCUAGCAGAGGGAGCAAGCUGCCUGGGAGCAUAAUGGGAGAAUCCUGUGCUGCUUCCAUCUGCUGUACCCUGAGGGAUGAUGGGAGGUUUUCCCCUGGGAGGCUGCUGCAAGGGGUGAUAGGAGCCCUCCAUGCUGCUGUUACAAGGGAUGGUGGGAAAAUCUCUCCUUUCCCCUAUUUGAUUACUGCAGGGAGGUCCUGAUGGUUUGUGGGGGCUGUGCCCCUAGCCCAAAGGAUGGAAUACUUCUCCCCUCCCCUAGAGCAGGACUCCUAACCCCCUGCAUUCUGGACCACUUCCCCUUUUAAUCAGGACAAAUACCUUAAACUUGGGUACCCUGGGGGCUCUGAUCACUGUCCUCCCUACAGUGUUUGCAAAGUAUUCUGGGUAAUGGGGGUGUAUUUCCUUCCCCCAAAACUUGUCCCUCUCAAUAAGGUUGAAGCCCCCCCCAAAGUAGGGAACGGACUUCUGUGCUGUCCCCCAGCUUCCUGUAGGGUCUGAGGACUGCAGCCUGCUCCAAGUUCUGUCUCCUUUUGUUUUUAUAAUGUGAAUUUUUCCAAUAAAAGAAAAAGCUUUCCCCCCCA